AUGCCAUAUCAUUUACCAAUACUACUUAACCCUUUGCUGAAUGCGGUUUUCAAUUGUCCGACUCCUACCAACUCUCCGUUAAAAAAAUUGUUCAAUAGUCUUAAAGAUCAAAAGUUCAUAAUAAUAGUACCGUCAACGGAAACAUUAUUACAAUAUCAGGAUUUAGAGAGUGGACUUCCACUUACCGAGUUAUGUUACACUUACAAUUUCGUUGCUUCACAUUUGCUGUUACUACAACAAGAAUUCAAGAUAAGUGAUCAAGAGUGUAAGACACUCAACGGAAAAACUAUAGUUAUUAAACCUCAAUCAGGCAUAGUCACCUCAAAACCAGAACUUAAAAGAUGCAGGCUUAAAUCAUGUCAAAUCCUUAGAAAUUUCAAUGACUACUUAACUAGCGGGAUGUAUUUCCCGUUACUUCAUGUUGAUAAACCUUUAAUUGGAGAUUUGGUCUUAAAUGACGAGUUACAAGUUUUUGGAUCACCUGUCUACAGCGCUUACACAAAUGAACAGGAACCAGCUAGAAAUAGUUUUCCUUUUGAACAAUUUUUGAGCCUUUAUCCAGAACUCGUAAAUAAACUGAACGGCCUCAUCAAUGCAGGUAAGGAACUCAUUCGUCAGGAAAAUGGUGGAAUUCCAAAAGUUGUGCUGCUAGUUAGAGAACUCGUUAGUAAGGUAUACGGUAUAACAAAUGAACACAAGCAUUUCAAUGAAUAUAAGGAUUUGUUUAAUGCAACCAGGGAAUAUGUUGAAACUAAUACUUUUCAAGACAUAUGGUUAAAAUUGGUGGAAAUAAAUGGAUCAAGGGAACCUCAUAAUGUAAAUGGGUACGAAAUAACAAAAUUUAUCUCUUUAAACAACGUACCUACUCAUAUCUAUCCGGAAGAAAGCAAUAAAUUUGAUUUAAGAAACGUUUCUGAAAUUGAACAGAGAACUAUCAAGGCUACAGAAUGUUUCUCCAAAAUGAGUGACACAAACUCCCACAGCGGCAAGGUCAAAAUUCUAGUCUCUACUUUCCAGAUAUUGACAACAGAAGUUGAUGGUGCGAUGGACUUAACGCUCGAUGCCGAUACUCUACUUGGUUUAAUGGUAGUUGUUGUUUGUAGAUCCCAGGUAAAGAAUCUGAAGAGUCAUUUAGAAUAUCUUAAAGAAUUUGCUGCCCGUCAAGAAGACGUUAAAUUUGGUUUAAUUGGAUACUCGCUAUCAACAUUUGAAGCAGUAUUAGCAUUUUUUGAUAUGGAUGAAGGUACAAAACAGUUGAAUAAAAUAAUAUCGCUGUCACAAAGCAAUAAAGAUUUCUGGGAUUCCAUUAGGGAAGGUAAAAAAAUAUCUUUGAUGCAAUUUGAAAAUAGCUUGACAUCUAGAACGGUUAAUUGUGAAUCAGUAUUUUCACUUUGUAUCCAAGCAGAAAGAACUGAUAUAAUGAACGAGAUUUUUUUGAAGUUUAAACACCAUUUUAAAUUUGAAGAUAUUUUACAUGAUGUCAAUUACGCCAACUCUACAUUAUUAAUACAGGCAUUAGAAACUGGGAACGACGAACUCGUAGAGUCUUUUGUGGAUCUACUGAUCACUAACUGUACUAGAAAAGAAUAUUUUGAGUAUUUGAAUAAAAGUAACAAUGCUGGACGAACAGUUGCUCAUUAUUUACCACAGGCUUUCAUUAUUAUUGACAAAGUGGGAGAUUAUUUGAACUGGAGACAUAAGGAUAAAAACAUGCAUUCUCCACUGUUUACAAUAUGUCGAGCAUACGAUCAUCCACAAUACCUGAAAAUGCUGUCGAAAACCUUUCACUAUGUCUUCAAAUACUAUAGUAGAAGAGGGCAGGAAUUUUGUUUUCGUGACCAUGAAGACCCUAUGGGUAAUACAUUGCUCCAUAUAAUGAAGAAAGGAACACAUCUUGUGCUUUCAGAGCCCAACGCAAAUGUAAACCAAUGCAACUUAAAGGGAAUGACUCCACUUAUGGUAUAUGCCAAAUACAAUAGGGUAGACAAUAUCCGGGAGAUUCUGAAGGAUAAAAGGUUACUCAUUUCCAAAUUGCAAAAUCCGCAGAGUUUAAGAGCCAUAGAUUACGUGAAAAAUCCUGUAAUCUUGAAUAUGCUGGGAACAUACAUUGCAAAACGAUCAAUAUUUAGUAUUCUGGCUGUUCACAAUAUGAAAUUUGAAGAAAAUACAUGGUAUGUUUGGAUAACAGUUAAGCAAACUGGUGAAUCAUAUAAAACACUUAGACACUCUGUUAAAAGCAUCCAAUGUUUCCUGCAAGUAUUUAGUAAAAAACACCCCAUGAAUUUUUUACCCAUAGAACAAACAUUGCAUAUGUUAAAGUCCAUUGGUAGGACUGGCAUCCUGUCUGUUGUAAAUUUAGAAUAUUCAACAUUCCUUGGUCUGUUGACUUUAGUGCUUUCUGUUAUUGUUCAAAGAAAUGAAUAUAUGGACGUAUUGAAAUAUCAAGAAGCUGAAUUAUCAUCUUGGUUGCGAGCAAGUAAUCCUAGACCAAAAUCUGGCAAAGAUGAAAGAUUUGAGCCCGAGGAAGUUAAUAGCAUGAAAAGUUUUCUUACCUUCAAUUUGUUAGAAUUUAAUGGAUUGAGGGAAAAGUUUACAAUAAUGAGAAAGCUACUUAUGUUUGAGAGGUUGAAAACUCAGGAUGUUGAAAAUGCACAAGAAAUUCUAUGCUCCCAAGGAGAUGUUUUGGCAGGUGCUAAUCCAGCCAAAGCUUCGCAGUACUGUUUCAGCGCUGAUUGUAAUUACGAUAUUGACAGCUACCAACAAGCGAUUGAUUUCAUGGGGAUGUGUUUAGAUACUCUCACAACUAAAAUUCAGCACAUACUAGAUACAAGGAUAGCUGCGUGGUGGAAAUUAUAUGGGGAGCACUCAAUGUUACAGCGAGAAUAUCAAAGGACAACUCCAAAUGAGUUGAAUAAUAUUUCAGGUAGUGAGGCGAAAGGUAUUUUUGAAUCAUAUAUGGAAGGAAAGCGUCAGAAACAGGGAGAUAAACUGCAUUCCAGGCUAGAGGAAUGUACGCAAAGUUUGCAAGAUAUCAAUUGGGAAUUGAAGCAUGAUCACGAAGCUCUUGCAGAAGAAAUAAGUCUUUUUCUGUCAUUCAAGAAUUUUUCAUAUGAAAACUUCAUAGUGAAAGCAUAUGUCGAGCUUUGCAUUAAACGCCAUACCAGCAUGUUGCAAACGAUAGGGCCUAAAUACAACAGUAUAUAA